AUGACAAGUGCCCCCAAAAAAAGGAAAAGGAAAGAAGAAGAUACAGAUGUUAUGGGGGAGGUCAAAAGUACCUUGCAACAUAUUUCCCAAAGACUGGGACAAACCAGGGAGAAAUCCUCUAACCAGAUCUUUGGGGAAUAUGUUGCCUCAAAGCUUGACCGAAUAACGGACAGUGAGAUAAGAGAUGAGGUUGAAGCUGAAAUUGUAAAUGUAUUAAAUACUGCCCUGCGAAGGUGCAGGAAAUGAUGUUUUUCAAUUAAAGAGCAUUAAAUGGAUA